AUGACAGCCCGAAAUGCGCCCGCAGACCCUUUGGUGGUCAUCCUGGGCUCGACUGGAACUGGAAAAUCAGAGCUUGCUGUAGAGCUUGCGACUCGCUUCAAAGGCGAAAUCAUCAAUGGGGACGCUAUGCAAAUGUACAAGGGUCUGCCCAUAAUCACGAACAAGAUCACAACCGAAGAGCGCCGCGGCGUCCCCCACCACCUUCUCGACCACAUCGGUCUCGACCAACCCACUUGGAUUGUCGAUGACUUCAAGCGCGAAGCGAACAAGCUCAUCCGCGAAAUUCGAAGCAGGGGCAACUUGCCCAUCGUCGUCGGCGGCACGCACUACUACACGAAUGCGCUGCUCUUCGAAGACACCCUCGUCCGCACGGACAUCGAGAAGCAGGUGAACGAAAAUGACACAGACGAGCCGGACGAAGCAUCUUUCCCGAUCCUGAGCGAACCAACCGAGGUCAUACUGGCGAAGCUGAGGGAGGUCGACCCCGUCAUGGCGGACCGCUGGCACCCCAACGACGGCCGCAAGAUCGCGCGGUCGCUGGCAAUUUAUCUCCAAACCGGUCGGCCGGCGUCCGAAAUCUAUGCGGAACAGCGCCAACGCAAGAUGGCGGAGAACGGCGCGAGGCCUUGGCAGACGCUUCUCUUCUGGGUGUACUCGGACCCCGAGGUCCUUAAGGAACGCCUCGAUAACCGGGUGGGCAAGAUGCUCACGGCCGGCCUCAACGACGAGACGCAGUCCAUGUACGAGUACGUCCAGGCAAAAGAGGCCAUAGGUGAGGAGGUGGACUACACCCGCGGCAUCUGGCAGUCGAUCGGCUUCAAGGAAUUCACACCCUACCUCAAGGCCCUCAACAACCCCGAAGAAGCAAAUGACGCCGCCAUUCUCGAGUCUCUCAAAGCUGCAGGUCUCGAAGACAUGAAGACCUCAACACGGCAGUACGCAAAGUACCAAACGCGCUGGAUCCGCACUAAGCUCGUACCCCUCCUGCAAGAGCACCCGGGUGCGAUGGACCAUCUCUUCGUCAUGGACAGCACCGACAUAUCCCGCUGGUCAUCCAACGUGAUCGACCCGGCCGUCGACAUCGCGCGCCGAUUCCUCGAAGGCGACAGCCUGCCCGAUCCGGCGGGCAUAUCGGAGACGGCAGGCGGCGUGCUGCGGGAGGCUGCGGUCCAGACGGGGCGCACGCACUGCCGACGUACGUGCGACGUCUGCAAGACGACCUGCGUGACGGAGCAGGACUGGACGAAGCACGUCAAGAGCAAACGGCAUAAUGUCCUUCUCAGGAAGACGAAAAGAAGAGCGCUCGUAGCCGACCAGAGACCCAUGGCCGUCGUGUCUGUCGAGACUACAGGCGACGACGAGGCCACACCAGCAGAUAAAGCCUCGAGUCCCGACUUCGACGGACUGGGAAUCUUGGACGCGCCGUCAUGA